AGUAACACCUGCAGAGCAAUGACCUGAGGUGCCAUAUACUAUUUUGUCGCAAGUACUCUCCUAAAGCCCAAAGCAAUUUCGUAGUGAACAUUUGUGAAUUCGGCCGUGACUCGGGCUUACGGGCACCCUGCGUCGGUUUGAUAGGGAGCCCUGUGUGGCCAUUGUAUAACUAAGGAGACCACGUUGCGUUCUCGCGCCUUUCCGGCCCCGGGCUUCAACUUGCCCGAGGGCCGCACCGUUGCCGCGGCGAUGGGCCCAAGCUUCUGGGUGGUCCAGCCCUCCUCGGGAGUGCUUGCUCCCAGCACCGUCCUGGCAUGUCUGGGCGUUGCGCUAUCACUCUGGGCCGGAAACACGGGAGCGCUUCUCCUCAUCGGAUUUAUCGUCACGGCGGCCCUUGCCGCUUGCUCAACCAAAGGCUUUUGGCUCAAAGCUGCUAUGGAGAAGGCCGUCACGGCGGGACAGGAAACUGAAGCAGCGCCGCUUCGCUCCUACGGGGACGACACGAACAAUGGGUGGCCUGCCGACUGCGCAGUGCACAGGCUGCGACGUGUGACCGGAGAUCCUUCUGAGCUUAAGCCUGCAGAUAUGUUGCCGGCAAGAACGGAUGUCGUUCAGUCUGCGGGAGCGCCGGCCGCAAAGGCAGAACGCGCGCCGCUCACGCCCGGCUCCUCGCCGCUCACGCCCGUCUGCGCGCUGACGCACGCCGCCAUGGCCAGCACCGACGACAGCGGCGCCUCGCUACCCAGCGCGCCCUCCGCCGUCGUGGAGAGUGUCCAGGCCGUGUCGCUGCUGCGCCGCACGCACCUGCGCUACCGCGGCCACCACUCCGUGCACCACCCCGCCGCAGCCGCGUCCAUCCGCUCCAGCGCGCAUGCCACCGGCGCCGGCGAGGCUGCGGCCCUGUCGUCGCUGCUGCCGCAGCAGGCGGCGCGGCAGCGCUGCACGCAGCUGUACAUCAAGCUGCCGGGUCUGGACCCAAAGGACCUUCGACCGGGCUUCGUGGCCGCUGUGAACGAGUCGCUGCAGCUGCACGGCAGCGCGCUGCAGGUGGUCGGCGCGGCCGUGAGGCGCGGGUGUGUGGAGCUGACUCUGGACCUGAUGGAGCGCCAGGACGCUGGGGCCGCCGUGGCAGCGCUGCUCGCUGGCGGCAACGCCGCAGCUGCCGCUGCGGCGGUGGCUGACGCCGAGCUUUCCGAGGUGCUGGACCUGCCCGCACUCAUCCUGUCGGCCAUGGGGGUGCCGCAGACGUCGGGCGGGCUGCUGCGCCUGCCCGCUGGCACCGCUGCGUACACCGACGCUGACGAGGGCGAGGAGCGCGGCGGGCAGUGCGUGUUCGUGCAGCGGCGCGGCAACUGCUGGAGCCUGCAGUGGGACCCCGACGCCAUGACCUGGGCGGUGAGAGACGGACCGGUUGACCGCCUGGACGACCCCCUCGCGCGCUAUGGCGCCGCCAGCGCGCCGCCGGCGCCCCAGGUGGUGCUGCACGCUCCGCUGGCGGCGCACGCGGAGGAGCAGCUGGCGGCAGCUGCGGCGGUGGCGGCGCAGCAGCAGCUGGCGCUGCUGUCGGGCGGCAGCGAGGUGUUGCCGGGGCCGGGCAGCUGGCCCAAGCUGCGCCUGGCGAUGGCGGUACAGGGCUGCGAGGCGUGGCGCUUCGCCGGCUACGCCGGCGCCGAGGCCGCCGGCACCGCGUCUGGCGCCCCGGCCUGCGCCGCCGCGGACCUGAGCCUGGUGGCCAAGGCCAACGGGCGCUGCGUGGACGUGCCCGUGCUGUCGGUGCUGCGCUCCGGCGCCGCGCUGGUGCUGCAGGUGGAGGUGGAUGUGGCGCUGCUGGCCGCCGGCCGCCACAGCCGCUGCCCCGGCCUGGUGCUGCGACUGGAGCUCUGGCGCGGCGCUGCGCCGCCAGCCGGCGCGGCUGCGCCGGCGGGGCCGCAGCGGGAGGUGGCGGCUCCGCCGCCGCGCAUGCUGGACGCGGUGUGCGUGGCGUGCCUGCGUGAGGCCGGCCCCGUGUCCGAGCUGCUGGCGCUGCAGCGGGAGCUGGCGGCGGCGGGGCAGCUGGACCCCUGUGAUGACGCCUUCCUGUCCGGCCCCGAGCAGCGUGAGGAGGCGGAGCAGCUGCUGGGUGACCUGGCCACCUGGCUGGACUUCGUGGCGGCGCUGCUGGGCAGCGCAGGCGCCGCCGCCGCAGCCUCCAAGCCGCAGCGGCGCGGCGUGGAGGUGGCGGCCUUGGCGGAGGCGGGAACCGAGGAGGAGGCGGGAACCGAGGAGGAGGAGGAGGAGGAGGAGGAGGAGGAGGGCUCGCAGCGCAACGAGUUGGACCUGAGCGGCGAGGUGGCUCACCUGCUGCUGCAGCCCGACCUGGCGCCCACGCUGCUGGCGGCCGGCCAGCACCUGUUGGAGCACUUCGUGCAGCACGGCCGCACCGAGCUGGCGCGCUGCGUGCAGGAGCUGCUGGUGGCGGCGGUGGAGCGCCUGCGCGCGGCGCCCGGCGGCGGCGGCUUGGCCGCCGCGGCCGCCGUGACGGCGUUGGUGCCGCCCGCCUGCCGCGGCGACCACACCUCUGCUGCGCCGGUGCUGACGCUGCUGCACCGCGCGGUGCGCAGCGGCAGCCAGCGCAUGACCGAGCUGGUGCUGCAGUGGUACCGCGAGGCCGAGACGUCUGCGGCGAGCGAGGUAGGCUCCGGCUCCGUGUGGAGCGCACGCGCGCCGGGCGGCAUCACGCCGCUGCACAUCCUGGCGGUCGAGGCGCGCUGCCUGCCGCCGCUGGCAGACCAACUGCCGGAGGUGGCAGCGGCGCUGUCCGGCCCGGGCAGCCCUACGGCUGCUGAGGCGCUGCUGCGCUGGAGCAUGGCAUCGUUCCCGGAGGCUGUGACGGUGUGGAACACGACGCGCGACGCGGCCGGCAACACGCCGGCGGCGCUGUGGGCGUCGCUGGGCGGCGGCGACCUGCAGCUUGUGAUGGCAGCGGCGGCGCUGGAGCAGGUGGCGGCGACAGCGGCGGCUGACGAGAACGAGGUGGCGGACGACCUGCAAGUGCGUGCCUCAGCGCCGGUUCCUCACAUGCCCGCGGUCGGUAGCGCCGAGGGCCUCGCCGCCACUACCACCACGACCGACGCACGGGAGCAGGGCAGUAGCAGUACCGCUGUUGCUUCCGCUGCCGCCGCCGGGCCUGCUGCUGCGGCCGCCAGAUCCCACGAGGCGGUGGCCCGGCUGCUGGCGGCCCCGCCCUCGCUGUCGCAGCUGAUGCGGCUGUGCUUGAGCGGCUUCCCCGACCCGCACAUGGAGCGCAGCUACGUGCACUACGUGACCAUCACGGCGCGCGGCACCACCUUCAUGUGGGUGGUUAUCAUGGUGCUUGCGCACGUGGCGGCGGUCGUCAAGUCGCUGCACACCGGCGAGGCGCGCCAGGCGGUGGUCGGCGGCGCCUCCUACGCCCUGACGCUGUGCUUCAUGGUGUUUGCGCCGCGCGCCUACGCCUCCCUGCGCGAGCCCCUCAUGCUGAGCUGCCUGGGUGGCCGCACCGUGUGCCGCGCGCUGCUGUGGCUGGCACCGCAGUGGCUGCACAUGAGCGAGAACGUGGUCAAGUACGUGGUGUAUGGCCUGGACAUCCUGCUGGACGGCGCACUGGAGGGCACCUUUGAACAGGCGCGCUUCCCGCUCGCGGCCGUGGCCCGCCUGGUGGAGUGGUUCUUCCUGGCGCAGUUCAUGCACAGCUACGGCAUCGCCGGCCCCCGCCUGGCCGCCAACCUGGCGCGCGCCGCCCUCACCAGCAGCCUGGGCUUGGCCAUGAGCGGAUUCAUGGACGUGCGCAUGCGCGCCGCCUUCCUGCGGGACGCGAGGCUGGCGGCGGCACGCGCAGCCGCCGGCGGCGCGGUUGGCGCCGCCGGCGUGGUGCCGGGCACCAGCGCGGGCAUCGCCGCCGCGUUCGCAGCGGGCGUGAAAGCCGGCGGCCCAGGCGCAGCCGGCAUGAAGCAGAAGGCGGAUUGAGCACGGCCGAAAGACUAUUUUGGCUGAGACGGCAUGCAAUCAAGAGAGACAGUUUGAAGAAUCGCACACUUGAUGAUUAUCUGAAAGUGCACGACCGCGGGCUUUGAGGACAUGGACCUUGGAGGACGAAACGCCAGCAAAAACGAAGAAGUAGCUGACACAAGCUUUACAAGCUUUAUAUUUAUGGAGGAGAGGGGCCUGACAGUCGCCGUUGCAAUACACAGAGACUACGAUCAUGGAUACCGGUGCUGCUUUUGGUGCAGCACACAGGGAUCGCAACGCACAAGGCUCGCCGCCCAGCUGUAGCGCUUCCCGCGUGUGAGGGGGCCGUGCGGUGGGGGCCGUGCGUUGCGGCGCUGAGCUUCUCCGAUGACCCUUGUUUUACACGUGUUUCGGCAAAGCGGAGCUCAAGAAUUCUGGUAAUUACGCCGGCUAGGUAUGGCCGCAGUCACGAGAUCCACUGUACGUUGCUAUGGGCUCUCCUGUCAUUUUCGUGCAAUAGCGUGGGGGCGUUUGUGGGGCUCGCUGACCUUGUUGCGGCUGACAGCGACGGGCGCGGUCUUUUUUGCUGGCAUGUCUUGAUGCACCGCCAGCAGUGCUGGAGGCCCGCGGCAUACAUAUGUCGCCUGAAGGAGGUACGAAGAUGCCGGCGGUUGAUCAGAAGAAAUAAGGUGUGGGGUUUUACUGCCGCGCUGUACCGACUGCUGAGUUGGCUGGUGUGACGCCAUGUCAGACGUAACUCUGGUGGGGAAAGCUGUGCCUUGAAGUUGGAACGGACAUAAAAUUUGCACAAGGCUUUGCAGUCACACGCAACGAUUGGCGCAUUUUGUGGGGGCCAAGCUCACGCGCACCGUGCGCUGGCUGCGCGGGAUGCCAGUGUGCUAAACCCCGAGUUCCGCCGCAUGGCAUGAAGAGGUCAGACGCUUCGGGGCGUGUUGCAUAUAGGGCGUUCCAAGGGGUGAUAAGGAUUCAACGAUAUGAGGCGCACGUACUCGACGAUUACACAUGCACACGCUGUAGUUCAUUUUUUUUGCAAGCGCCCCGCUUCAUAAGGGCAACUUAAUCCCUUCCCCACAAAUAAUUUUGUUCCUAAAGGCCCGCUAAGUUUGGCGGGCAUUGGAGGUGCCAUUGGCCCACGUUUGGCGUUUGCACCGCUGACGCGCGAGCUUGGAGCUGGCGCCGAUAUGCGGUUGACUCACCUGCAUAUGUUCCAGUGCCGGUGCAGGCGGGGGCCGGGCAGGAGCGGGCCGGGUCUGCAGCCUGCAGGCCAGACAGGUUGAUGGCGCAUGCAUGUAUUAGUACUCAAGCCGAUAGUAUGCAUGAUUCUUAACACGUGUGGAGCAGGGCGCGGCUUCGAGGGGGCUGUUGUAGGAGUAUGCAACCGUGGCGGUAUGAGCAAGGGGUACGGCAAAUGACUGUUGUCAUCAGGGAUGCAAGGAUUUUUUGUCCCCGUGGCGCAGUCCCUUGUGGGGCGCGCGGCUGGGUAGGGUCGCUUGCUGGGAAUACCAGCUGGAGGCCUAUCAGGCUUCCAGCACGGAGAAAUACAACCCAUAUACCUUAUAAAAACGGUACGAGAGAGCGUGUGGCCGAUUGCGAUGAGGACAUAUUGUUGGCAGCGGCCAUAUGAUGCUCCAAAGAGACGUUGGCCACAUGAGGCUGUCGUGACGGCCUGGGAUGCGAUAGCACUCGCACGCUUUCUGGUUGCUGCGUCUAGGAUGGCGGUCGGACGUUAUGCGGGCCGACUGCGGCGUGUGAGAGGUGCUGCACGCUGGGUUGCCCUUGAUGACGCAUUCUUCAUUUUCGCCAGGAUGUGUGGGGCAGUGCGUAGCCAACGGAUCGCCCCAGGCCUGUAGGAGGCAGGUGGCUGGUCUUAAUAAGGGCCGAGGCCUGCACGGCACGGCCUCUGCAAUGCGUUGCGGGGAGCGAAGCUGGGUGACGCAAUGCUGAUUGCGCAAAGGGCACAGGGACGAUGGCCAGCGCGCAGGACUCGUCCGACCCUGCCAGUGGCCUCGACCCGGGUGUCUACUUGCGGACAGGAAGAACUGGAGAUAGAUCACCCAUAUUCAUAAUUCGUGUGGGUAGGUUGCGCGGAGGCUACCACAGAACUGGACACAGUCUCAAUGCGAUUCCAGGAGUCCAGGCACUGGGGAACCCUUGUUUGUGUUCGGUCCUACCUGGCGACCGGUGUCUUGCCAUUGAGGAUGCAUCAGGUGGAGCGCACCAUUUUUUGGGGGUGGCGCGAAGGAGCUUUGAGCAGCCAAGGAGUUGUGGCCUUGUGGGUGGCACAGGCAGGGGUCAUUACCAGGUUUUCCCCUGGCCGCGGCAGCCGAGGAUAUUGCCCAAACACCAGGGGUGCCCGUGAGGGUGUCGCUGCCAACGACAUUAAAUGGUAUCCCCGUCA